AACUUGGAACAGAGAGUGUAUAUUCUACUUUAUAUUAUUUUUUGACGUAAAUCGGAUAUUUUUUGCGCGUAACUGUAAGGACUAAUCCAUCAAACUUUGUGAGAUCCAAAUGAGCAGCAAACUCUCUCUCAAUGUAAUUUUAUCCGUGUAAAAAUAUCAAAUGAGUCACUCGUAGGACCGAUAUAAUACUAUGUCGAGUGUAUUGAUAGUGCUAUUUUCUUAACGAAAUUAAAAUUAUUCUAUACACCUACAAAAAUUCAACUUAUUGGCCUACACACUUGAGUAGCAAAGUCCAACAACUCUCUCUCAAUGCAAUUUAAUGUAGAAGGCAAAGAGAGAGACUUGUGUGAGAGUUUUCUCUAAGUUCAAAAAGUCAGCUAACUCUUAACUCUUAAGUAUAUGAAGUUGUGAUCACUCACAUUCACAAGUGGUUAAAGAGAAAUUAAUCAAUAAUAACUCUUUAACCACUCAAAGAAAAGAAACCUCCAUUUUAAUCAAGUUUAGUACUUAUACUAGCUUAAUUAACUUGAACCUCAACCUUGCAUUCUAUCUAAAUAUUCAAUAUAUAUAUAUAUAGCUAGUAAUAAAUUUUCCAUCUUCUUUUCCAACUUAUAUUAUGACCCAUCCACCACCACCUCCUACCUCAGCCCCAUUCUUAUCUUCCCCAUGUUAGUCUCUUCAAUUCAAUCACAAUCAUAAUCACAACUUACCCACCUCUUACAUUUCUCCACUUUUCUCAUUUCUUAGUACAUUACAAACACUUUGUUUUAUUAUUAUUUUAUUUUGUUCUAUAUUUUUCCUUUUUUUUCCUUCUAUUCUAUCUUUUUUUUUCAAGCCAAAUGGAUUCUAAGGAAGGUGAUGAGAGAAAAAAAGAAAGAAAAGUUCCUAUGUUAAAGUUGUUUUCUUUUGCUGAUUCUUAUGAUUAUAUCUUAAUGUUUAUUGGAUCUAUUGGAGCAUGUAUUCAUGGUGCUUCUGUUCCUGUUUUCUUUAUCUUCUUUGGAAAGUUGAUCAAUGUUAUUGGUUUGGCUUAUCUUUUCCCUAAGGAAGCUUCUCACCAAGUUGCCAAGUACUCAUUGGAUUUUGUGUAUCUAAGUGUAGCAAUAUUAUUUUCAUCUUGGACAGAGGUGGCUUGUUGGAUGCAUACUGGAGAAAGACAAGCAGCAAAGAUGAGAAUGGCUUAUUUAAAAUCUAUGUUGAAUCAAGAUAUAAGUUUAUUUGAUACUGAAGCAUCUACUGGAGAAGUAAUUUCUGCUAUUACAAGUGACAUUAUCAUUGUUCAAGAUGCUUUAUCUGAGAAGGUAGGGAACUUCAUGCACUACAUAAGUCGAUUCAUAGCUGGGUUUACAAUUGGUUUUGUGAGAGUGUGGCAGAUUAGUUUAGUCACACUUUCAAUUGUUCCAUUGAUUGCCCUUGCUGGAGGUCUUUAUGCAUAUGUCACUAUUGGCCUCAUUGCAAAAAUUAGAAAAGAAUAUGUCAAGGCUGGUGAAAUUGCUGAAGAGGUGAUAGGCAAUGUUAGAACAGUACAUGCAUUUGCAGGAGAAGAAAGAGCAGUAAAAUCAUACAAAACAGCUCUUUUGAAAACUUACAUAAAUGGUAGAAAAGCAGGUUUAGCAAAAGGUCUUGGACUUGGUUCAAUGCAUUGUGUUCUGUUUCUAUCAUGGUCAUUACUUGUUUGGUUCACUAGCAUUGUUGUUCACAAGAACAUCGCCAAUGGUGGCGAGUCUUUCACUACCAUGCUCAAUGUCGUAAUAUCCGGCCUGUCACUUGGGCAGGCAGCACCGGAUAUCUCAGCAUUUAUUCGAGCAAAGGCGGCAGCUUAUCCGAUUUUUCAGAUGAUAGAAAGGGAUACGGUGAGCAAAAAGAGCUCAAAAACCGGUCGAAAAUUAAGCAAAGUGGAUGGUCAUAUCCAGUUUAAGGAUGUAUGUUUCAGUUAUCCGUCUCGUCCAGACGUAGCAAUCUUCAACAACCUCAAUCUUGACAUUCCUGCAGGGAAAAUUGUAGCUCUUGUGGGAGGAAGUGGUUCUGGAAAGAGUACUGUUGUAUCGUUGAUCGAACGUUUUUAUGAACCUCUUUCUGGUCAUAUACUUUUAGACAAGAAUGAUAUCAGAGAACUUGAUCUCAAAUGGCUUAGGCAACAAAUUGGACUAGUUAAUCAAGAACCUGCACUUUUUGCUACAAGUAUCAAGGAGAAUAUUUUGUAUGGAAAAGAUGAAGCUACUCUUGAAGAACUAAAACGCGCUGUGAAGCUUUCAGAUGCUCAAUCUUUUAUCAACAAUCUUCCUGAAAGAUUAGAAACUCAGGUUGGUGAGAGAGGGAUACAAUUAUCAGGUGGACAGAAACAAAGGAUUGCAAUAUCUCGCGCGAUUGUGAAGAAUCCGUCGAUCCUUUUAUUAGAUGAAGCAACCAGUGCUCUUGAUGCCGAGUCUGAAAAAAGUGUACAAGAGGCUCUCGAUCGCGUCAUGGUCGGAAGAACAACGAUUGUAAUUGCACACAGACUUUCUACGAUUAGGAAUGCAGAUGUGAUAGCUGUUGUACAAGGAGGGAAGAUUGUGGAGACUGGUAACCAUGAAGAACUCAUGGCAAAUCCAACAAGUGUUUAUGCAUCUCUUGUUCAACUCCAAGGUGCAUCUUCCUUGCAACGCCUUCCCUCGGUUGGUUCUAGCUUAGGACGCCAAUCAAGCAUAAGCUACUCAAGAGAAUUAUCGCGUACGGGGACAAGCAUUGGUGGUAGUUUUCGAUCGGAUAAAGACUCAAUUGGCCGUGUUGGUGGUGAGGAUGGAAACAAGUCAAACCAUGUUUCAGCAAAAAGACUAUAUUCUAUGAUUGGUCCUGAUUGGCCUUAUGGAGUUAUUGGAACCUUAUGUGCAUUUGUUGCUGGAGCACAAAUGCCACUUUUUGCACUCGGGAUCUCUCAUGCUCUUGUAUCAUAUUAUAUGGAUUGGGAAACAACGCAACGGGAAGUUAAAAAAAUUGUUUUCCUCUUCUGUGGAGGUGCAGUUAUAACUGUCACAGUUCAUGCCAUUGAACAUCUUUUUUUCGGAAUCAUGGGCGAGCGACUUACCCUUCGUGUGCGAGAAAUGAUGUUUACCGCUAUUUUGAAGAAUGAAAUUGGAUGGUUUGAUGAAACAACCAACACAAGUUCUAUGCUUUCAUCGCGUUUAGAGUCCGAUGCAACUUUAAUGCGAACAAUAGUUGUUGAUCGCUCGACGAUUCUGUUACAGAAUGUUGGUCUGGUUGUUGCUUCAUUUAUUAUUGCCUUCCUUUUGAAUUGGAGAAUAACACUUGUUGUCUUGGCUACAUAUCCUUUGAUAAUUAGUGGUCACAUUAGUGAGAAACUUUUCAUGAAAGGCUAUGGAGGCAACUUGAGCAAAGCAUAUCUAAAAGCCAACAUGCUUGCUGGCGAGGCCGUGAGCAAUAUACGCACUGUUGCUGCAUUUUGUUCUGAAGAAAAGAUCCUUGAUCUUUACGCUAACGAGCUCGUUGGUCCUUCCAAACAUUCAUUUCGACGUGGUCAAAUUGCUGGCAUAUUCUAUGGCAUUUCGCAGUUCUUUAUUUUCUCAUCUUAUGGCCUUGCCUUGUGGUAUGGAUCUGUUUUGAUGGGAAAAGAGCUUGCUAGCUUUAAAUCAGUUAUGAAGUCAUUUAUGGUUUUGAUUGUAACGGCACUUGCUAUGGGGGAAACAUUGGCACUAGCACCAGAUCUUUUGAAAGGGAACCAAAUGGUUGCAUCAGUUUUUGAAGUAAUGGAUAGAAAAUCAGCAAUAUCAGGUGAUACCGGAGAAGAAUUGAGGACGGUGGAAGGAACAAUUGAGCUCAAAAGAAUCAAUUUCAGCUACCCUUCAAGGCCAGAUGUGAUCAUUUUCAAGGAUUUUAAUUUAAGAGUUCCUUCAGGCAAGAGUGUUGCCUUAGUAGGACAAAGUGGUUCUGGUAAAAGCUCUGUGAUCUCACUAAUACUCAGAUUUUACGAUCCAACAUCAGGAAAGGUGUUAAUUGAUGGAAAAGACAUCACAAAAAUAAAUAUGAAAUCUCUGAGAAAACACAUUGGUCUAGUGCAACAAGAACCGGCCCUUUUCGCGACAUCAAUUUAUGAAAACAUUCUAUAUGGAAAAGAAGGUGCAUCUGAUUCAGAAGUAAUUGAAGCAGCAAAAUUAGCAAAUGCUCAUAACUUCAUAAGUGGUCUUCCAGAAGGUUACUCAACAAAAGUAGGUGAAAGAGGUGUUCAACUUUCUGGUGGACAAAGACAAAGAGUAGCCAUUGCUAGAGCUGUUUUAAAGAAUCCUGAAAUAUUGCUUCUAGAUGAAGCAACUAGUGCACUUGAUGUCGAAUCGGAGCGUAUUGUACAACAAGCUCUUGACAGAUUAAUGCAGAAUAGAACAACAGUUAUGGUGGCACAUAGAUUGUCCACAAUAAGGAAUGCAGAUCAAAUCUCAGUUUUGCAAGAUGGAAAGAUUAUUGAGCAAGGAACUCAUUCAAGUCUUAUAGAGAAUAAAAAUGGACCAUAUUAUAAAUUAGUCAACCUUCAACAACAACAAAAUCAUCAAUCAUAAAAACAUUACAAAAAAAAAAUCUUGAAUUUUUUAUACUGUAAUUUUGUAUUUUGUAUUUUUUUUUCCAUCUCAUAUUUUCAGAGAAUGGUUUGCAUUGGGGAGCUGGUGUUGGAUCAAAAUAAUUUCAUAUAUAUAUGUGUGUGUGUUGGUAAGUA